AUGAGCGACGCUUCCAACCAACCAGCCCGCCCGGGAUCUCUCACACCCGAGAUGAUAGAAUUCGCAAGCAGGAUGUACGAUGCGGCGAGAAAGGGAGACGUGGCUACGUUUGAGCAGGCUCUUCCAGCCGGCCUACCUCCAAAUCUGACAAACGACAAAGGCGAUACUCUGCUGAUGCUCGCUGCGUAUCAUGGCCAUGCCGACUUAGUCAAGGUUCUCAUUCAACAUGGUGCGGACCCUAAUCGCCUCAAUGACCGAGGGCAGAGCCCUCUCGCUGGGGCAGUGUUCAAGAAGGAAGAUGCAGUAAUCCAAUUGCUAGAUGGUGGCGCUGAUCCUGAAUACGGACAGCCAAGUGCUGCUGAGUGCAUCGCAAUGUUCAAACAGGAGGAAACUUGGAAGUCGAAAUUUGAUGCUGCCCCCGGCAAAGGACAGGCUGGGAAGACAAGGGAUGCCGAGGGCAAAAAGUGA